CGCUCUUAUAUUUCCUUACGGAGGGAGUAGCAUGUAUGUAUCUAAGAGGAAAAGCAUUGACACCAGUUCGAGAAAUGAAAGCAGCAGAUAUAAAGCAUUCAUUUGAGUGACUUUCCCUUGAUGUAGGACAUUGCGUAGGCAGGAACCUCGUCACAUAGAAGCUAGCUCCAAAAAUAUUUUAGUUGUAGGAUUAUUAAUCCAUUUGAGGACAUAUCUAGAGGAUAACAACAAAAGUAAACAAUAUUUGUUCAUUUCCCCAUGCUACUAUUCCUAUAGGUCCUUCUAUGAUGUUCUAGUAAUAUUUUGGGUCAUGUGCACCAAUAUGGAAACAUCCUGGAAGAAGAUAUUGUCGGUAGAGCACAUACCAGUGGUUUGCCAGAUUUGAGGUACACCCGCUCGAUUUCAGGAUCAAACUCCAUGUCGUUGUGUCUCUUAACAAAGACGUCUGUCAGGUCGUGGGAGUUGGCUCCAUAUAACACAAAAUUCAGCAUGGUCAUCAAGGGGAAAAGGGGAGAAACAAGAACAUAGCUCCCUAUAACAGUAUAGAAGGUAGGUGUAGGUGGCCCAAUAGUUCAAUGUUGUUUCUCCCCUUUUCUCCUCGAUGACCAUGCUGAUUUUGUGUUAUAAGGAGCCAACUUCUGUGAUCGCAUGCGUUAUUGUCAGGCGAGACAAUGUCGUGGAGUUUGAUCCUAAAAUCAAGCGUGUAUCGCACGUCCGUCAAAGGUCAAACUACCGGGUGUCAAAGAAGCCAAACAAGGACCACCGUUUGUGGAUUAGGAAGGAUUCGGCUGGGUCAGGGAAGAAGGCUCUUUGUCUUGUUAAUACUGUUUCAAAACUACCGAAUGAAAAAGAAGCUGUUUAUGGUGCAUUGGAUAGGUGGACUGCUUUUGAGUCUGAAUUUCCUAUUAUAGCAGCGGCUAAAGCUUUGGAGAUGUUGAAAAAGCGAAGAAAAUGGCUACAGAUUAUCCAGGUAACCAAGUGGCUGAUGAGUAAAGGUCAGGUGCUGACAUGGACAACGUACGAUACACUGCUGUUGGCUCUUUCUAUGGAUGGAAGAGUAGAUGAGGCUGAGUCAAUUUGGAAUACUAUCUUACAAACUUAUACACGCUCAGUGCCCAAGAAGUUGUUCUCUCGGAUGAUCCAGAUUUACAACACGCGCCAUCUUCCAGACAAAGUUUUGGAGAUAUAUGCUGACAUGGAAGAAUUGGGCGUGCGUCCAGACGAGGAUACAACAAGAAGAAUCGGACGAGCAUUUGCAACUUCAGGCCAGGAAGAUAAGCAGAAGCCUGUCCUUGAAAAAUACUUGAAGAAGUGGAAGUACAUCCAUUUCAACGGCGAGCGUGUUCGGGUGCGGAGGGCAGGACCUUUGGCCUAGCAAACGUCCUCUGGAUAGCUUGGGGCAAACAAUGCGAGUGUCGCCUCAUAUGGACAUAUGUGAAUGCUAUUGUUCUUCCGAGGUCCUAUGUGAGCAUGUCAGGCAGAACGAGGUGUUGAAAUUGUAAUGCUCUCUAGACAAAUGGAUAAUAUUACAGUACAGGGUUGAGAACUGGCAUUGCUAAUGAUGUUGGUACCCAAACAUGUGUAAGUUGUGAUAUUUCAAGCAGGUUGCUGUCGUCUUCGGUA